CACUCUGAUCUGGUUGGACAACGCGAACCCUCCUCACUUCUCUUCAAAUCUCUGAACUCUACCACUUCUACCGCAGAUGCUGCCUUCAUUAAUCUUCCCUUCCCGGGUUCGCACGUGUUUCUGCCGAACAGUUUUCCGGUACUGCAGUUUUUGGAACAACUGGAGCUCAUCUCGCGAACCCCGCCCGUGUUCGCCAGGGGCACCUUUGGUCGCAUUCGGCUGGCUGUCGCCAUAGGGACACGAAUUAAGCCGGAGGAGGUGUUUGACCACCUGAUUGACGAGCGACACGUGUACGGCCUAAGGGGUUGCUUCAUAGAGGACAGUGCCCAUAAUGGCUUGGUGGCCCGGCAGCCAUCUGUAAAAAUUGAUAUGAUCCCUAAUGGCUUCAUCGAAUAG